AGCAGUAUAUCAGCAACUUUUCUACCUUCUCUUUGUUCUCUAACUCGUUUCCUCCUUCUACGAUAACAAAUCAUGGCCCCCGCUACCGCAUUCCAGGCUGUUCCUCUCGGUCUUCCUCGUGCCAAGGUCCACGAACUGAUCCAAUCGCUUAUCCAGAACCUCGUUGGCAUCAAGGAUACAUCGGGUGAAUUUCUCUUGCGCUUAGAAGACGGCAGUGUUGUCGAUACCAAAGGAUGGAACGAUUGGGAAUGGACUCACGGCAUUGGCUUGUAUGGCUUGUGGCAAUACUUUGAAAUCACUCAAGACCCAGCUACCCUGGCCAUUAUGCAAAACUGGUUCAAGGACAGAUUCGCCGAGACACCACGCCACAAGAACAUCAAUACCAUGGCCGUGUUCUUGACCCUGGCCUAUUUGUACGAGCAUACGCACGACAAGUCGUAUUUGCCACAUUUGGACGCAUGGGGUGAGUGGGCCAUGAACGACUUGGCACGCACCGAGUAUGGCGGUAUGCAGCAUGUCACUUAUUUGACGCCCAACACACAGCAGCUCUGGGACGACACGCUGAUGAUGACUGUGCUACCCUUGGCCAAGAUUGGCAAGCUGUUGAACCGACCGCACUAUAUCGACGAGGCCAAGCGCCAGUUCCUGAUGCAUAUCAAGUACCUGUUUGAUCCCCGCUCGGGCCUGUUCUACCAUGGAUGGACAUUUGAGGAUGGUGGCCACAACUUUGCCAACGCAUACUGGGGUCGUGGUAACGCCUGGCUGACAAUUGUGAUCCCAGAAUUCAUUGAGCUGUUGGACUUGGCCCCUCAGGAUCCCAUCCGUAUCCAUUUGAUCGACACCCUUGUGGCCCAAGUGCGUGCCCUGGGCAAGUACCAAGACAACGCUAGCGGAUUGUGGCGCACGGUGAUUGACGAAGAGUCGUAUUUGGAAGCAUCCGCCACUGCUGGAUUUGCGUUUGGUAUUCUCAAGUCAAUCCGUAAGCGUUACAUUGAUCCCAAAUACAAUGACGUGGCGCUCAAGGCAGUGAAGGGUGUGAUGGACAACAUCAGUCCGGAUGGCGAGUUGCAAAAAGUCUCGUUUGGCACCCCCAUCGGCGAAACCAAGCAGUUUUACAAGGAAAUCCCAUUGACCUCAAUGCCUUACGGUCAGGCGAUGGGCAUGAUGUGUAUGGUUGAGUUUUUACGCUUGUAUUUAUAGAUGACGAGAUAAUUUUUUAUUUCUCUCUUUAGCUCUCCUCCC